AUGGUAGCAAUAAAUGGUAACAGUAUCAUUAUUAGCAUCGUCAUCGUCUCCAUCAUCAACAUCGUCAUCGUCUCCAUCAUCAACAUGGUCAUCGUCUCCAUCAUCAGCAUCGUCAUCCUGUUUAGUGUACAGUUCUUGUGGAACAAGUUAGUACAAGUCAGGCAUCACCCCACAACUACUGCCCUAAGCCAAGCUAAUGGUGCCCCUGCUAAUGAUACUACAGCUAAUGGUGCCCCUCCUAAUGGCACUGCAGCUAAUGGUGCCCCUCCUAAUGAUACUACAGCUAAUGGUGCCCCUCCUAAUGGCACUAUGAUAGCUAAUAGUGUCCCUGCUAAUGAUACUACAGCUAAUGGUGCCCCUCCUAAUGACACUACAGCUAAUGGUGCCCCUCCUAAUGAUACUACAGCUAAUGGUGCCCCUGCUAAUGACACUAUGAUAGCUAAUGAUGCCCCUCCUAAUGAUACUACAGCUAAUGGUGCCCCUACUAAUGACACUAUGAUAGCUAAUAGUGUCCCUGCUAAUGGCACUACAGCUAAUGGUGCCCCUCCUAAUGAUACUACAGCUAAUGGUGCCCCUCCUAAUGGCACUACAGCUAAUGGUGCCCCUCCUAAUGAUACUACAGCUAAUGGUGCCCCUCCUAAUGAUACUACAGCUAAUGGUGCCCCUCCUAAUGAUACUACAGCUAAUGGUGCCCCUCCUAAUGGCACUACAGCUAAUGGUGCCCCUCCUAAUGAUACUACAGCUAAUGGUGCCCCUCCUAAUGAUACUACAGCUAAUGCUAAUGGUGCCCCUCCUAAUGAUACUACAGCUAAUGGUGCCCCUCCUAAUGGCACUACAGCUAAUGGUGCCCCUCCUAAUGGCACUACAGCUAAUGGUGCCCCUCCUAAUGGCACUACAGCUAAUGGUGCCCCUCCUAAUGAUACUACAGCUAAUGGUGCCCCUCCUAAUGAUACUACAGCUAAUGGUGCCCCUCCUAAUGGCACUACAGCUAAUGGUGCCCCUCCUAAUGGCACUACAGCUAACGGUGCCCCUCCUAAUGAUACUACAGCUAAUGGUGCCCCUCCUAAUGAUACUACAGCUAAUGGUGCCCCUCCUAAUGAUACUACAGCUAAUGGUGCCCCUCCUAAUGACACUACAGCUAAUAGUGCCCCUGCCAAUGGCACUACAGCUAAUGGUGCCCCUCCUAAUGAUACUACAGCUAAUGGUGCCCCUCCUAAUGGCACUGCAGCUAAUGGUGUCCCUCCUAAUGAUACUACAGCUAAUGGUGCCCCUCCUAAUGGCACUACAGCUAAUGGUGCCCCUGCUAAUGACACUAUGAUAGCUAAUGAUGCCCCUCCUAAUGAUACUACAGCUAAUGGUGCCCCUGCUAAUUACACUAUGAUAGCAAAUAGUGCCCCGGCUACUGAUACUACUACAGCUACUGGUACCGCUGCUAAUGACACUAUGAUAGCUAAUGGUACCCCUCCUAAUGACACUACUACAGGUAAUCCUGACCCUACUAUUGACGCUACGCCUUCUAAUGUUGUCCCCACUCCGCUAAUUCAGAAUUUUGCUGCUGUUACCACAAAGGGUGUCACUGCUAAUUAUGACGCUAGUACUCAAGAAGGAUGGCGAGGGAGCAAUGGCGACAGUGGUAAGAGAAACCAGGAGACUCUACACAGACCAGGGAUGAAACUCCAACACCGCCUGAAGACUCCAAGUACUAUCAACUUGACUGAGAAAAGGAAAGAGAAGGUGGCUGCAGUCUUAACACCAGAGUUGACCUCGCCAGUGGUGUCCGACGAAGAGGACUGCAACCUUAUUUUAAUGGGUUUUCAUGGGAAAGUGACAAGCUGCUACAUUAUACCACUCUACUGGACAAUGACAAAAUGGCCUCAGCAUCCUCCAGAGCCAAAAUGA